CUGACAGGUCCCUGGCCUCAGGACGACAGCCAGCACCAACACGUUCCCUACAUGAGGGACAAGGCAACUCAGACCCCCCGGGCCUGGGCAGAUGAGAGGAGGAGGGGCUCUCACAAACGUUCGGCCUCCUGCGGGAGCACCGACCAGCUUAAGGAGAUUGCCAAGUUGCGUCAGCAGCUUCAGCGCAGCAAACGCAGCAGCCGCCAUCGGAGAGACAAGGAGCGCAAGUCUCCCUUCAAUGGUAGCCACACCAUCAUCCAGUCACAGUCUCCAAUGCCCAAGACCAUCCUGAUCCCCAUCCCCAUCUCCAAGUCGUCGGCCCCGCGCUUUCGCAACAGCGUGGAAGGCCUCAACCAGGAGAUUGAACGCAUCAUCAUUCGUGACACUACGGAGAAGGAUGAGGUCAUCAUUCCGCAGGACGUUCCAGAUGGGCAUCGCGCCCCCCCACCUGUCCCCCCCCAGCGCAGCAGCAGCACCCGCAGUAUUGACACACAGACCCCCUCGGGGGGCGGCCUGAGCGGCGGUAGCCAUAGCAACUGCAGCAGCCGCCCCGAUUCCAUUUCGCCCUCCUACCUCACCAUCCUCAACGACAUGGGAGGCAGCAGCCCGUAUGAGGACAAAGAGCUUGGCCCGUGCUCCCCACUACCUAAAUACGCUGCGUCUCCCAGACCCAACAACAGCUACAUGUUCAAGAGGGAGCCUCCGGAGGGCUGUGAGAAAGUCAAGGUGUUUGAAGAGUCCAUGCCCAAGCCUCUCCAGGAGAUCCCUCCUUUCCUGUGUCCGGACCGGAACAAGGUCAACUUCAUCCCCAACAGUGGCUCAGCCUUCUGCUUGGUCAGUAUCCUCAAGCCCCUGCUUCCUGCCCCGGAGCUCAGUUUCCGCCCCGGGGUGGGUCUCCGGAGCCUGUCCCCCUCCCUGGUGCCUCUGGGUGGCCUGCGCAGCCUGUCCCCCGCCCUUGGCCUGUCACGGAGCUCUGGCUCCACUCAGCCCUGCCUUCUGGAGGAGCCGGAGAGCUUCUGAUGGCCCACAGGCUUGGUGCGGGGGACAAACGUUAGUGAUCCCGACCAGA